AUGUUUAACAAUAGUGAUAAUUUUAUUCAAUUUAUAAAUUAUAAUAUUAAUAAUAGUAUUAAUAAUAUAAAUAAUAAAAAUAAUGAUAAUAUAGAAAAUAAUAAUGAUAAUAAAAUAGAAAUUAUUUUUUGGAAAGUUAUAAGAAAUCAAUUUCUUUUUAAAAAAAUUUUAUCAAAUAAUUCAAAAUGGAUGCAAUGGGAUAAACAAAUACCAUGGGACUCAGUUAUAUCAGUAGAGGCAAUGUUACACCAUGGUUUAUUUGGUUUAUUAAAAAGAAAAGUUAGAUUGGGUGAUUAUAUAAUAUUAAAAGAUUGGUCCAUUUUAUUUAAAAAUAUUAAAAACGAUAAAGAGUUUUAUUUAAAUUUAUUUAAUAAUUAUCCACAAUAUUCAAAUCAAUUAUUUCAUCAAAUUAUAAUUAAAAAAUGUAUAAUUGAAAAUUGUGUUUGUGCAUUUCAAAUAAUAAUAGAUAAUAAUAAUAAUAAUAAUAAUAAUAGUUUAAAAUUUAAUUUAAAUAUUGAUUCAUUUUAUUUGGCACUACAAUAUGGUCAAUAUAAAAUUAUUAAAUUAUUCAUAAAUUCAAAAAAUCAAAAUUUAAAUAUUAAUUGGGAAAAGUUUUUUUUAACUUUAAUUUUAGAAAAAUCAAUAAAUUCUUUAAAAAUAUUAAAUUUUUUUAUAAAUAAUAUAAAUAAUAUAAAUAAAAAUAAUAUAGAUAAUAAUAAUUUUACAAUGGUUUUAAAUAAUUUUAAUAAUGAAAUUAAAAACUUAAUAAAUAAUAUAUUAAUAAAUUUAACAAUUAAAAAUUUAAUAUUAAAAGAUUUAAUUAUAAUAUAUAAAUUAUUAAUAUAUUUUAAAAUAAUAAAUCAAAAACAACAACAACAACAACAACAACAACAAAUUUCAAUUAUGGAUAUUGAAAUUCAAUUAUUACAAAAAUUAAAUUUAAAUUCAACUCUUUUAAACCCAAUAAAUUUUAAAAAUCAACAAUCAAAAGAAAUAAUAAUAAAAAUUGUAAAAAUAAUUAGAUCAGUUUGUGAAAAUAUUUUAAAUUUAAAUAAUUUUUUAGGUUAUAAAUUUAAUUUUUCAACAAUAGAUUAUUUUGAAGGUGAUUAUUUCGAACUAUUUUAUAAUAAUAAUAAUAUUGAUAAUAUAGAUAAUAAUAUUGAUAAUAGAUUAGAAAAAAUAUUUAAAAAUAAUUUUCCUUUAUAUGCAUCAUUUAAAUUUUCAAGUUUCAAUUUAUUUUUAAAACAUUUUGAACAACAACAACAACAACAACAAAAAUUAGAAAAAUUAGAAAUUGAAAAUUAUUUAUUUAAUUUAUUCGAAUUUUGUCAAGAUAAAAUAAAACAAAUUAGUUUUUUAAAAUUACUAAUUCAAUUUUUAAAUGAAAAUAAAAUUGCAAGAAAUUAUAUGGAACCACCAACUUUAUUGGUUUUAUUAUUAAGAUAUGAUGAUUUAGAAUUAUUUAAAGAAAUUGGUAAUCAAUUAUAUCACUUAUUAAUAUUAUAUUAUAAAGAAACUUUAGAAUCAAUGGAAAAUUUUAGUAUAGAACAAAAAAAGUUUCAACAAUUUAGUUUUCAUACAUUAAUUUAA